AUGAAAAUAACAGCAGCAUUUAUCAUUGUAUUAUACGUCUUGUUGACUAAUUGUGAAGGUGAAAAUGAAGAAGUAAUGGAUUUAUUUGGUUCUAGAGGUGAAUAUGGAAAUGCAUUUAGAACGGUACCAACGCUUUUUGAAUAUAUACUAAAUAUGCUAAUAGAACAUCCAGAAAUACUAGAACGGAAUGACAUAACGAUAUUUACUAACGACAGCACACAUGAAGAUGAAACAUUUUUGGAUCCAGAGAACAGUACCUGUUGUCCAAAAACUGAUAAUUCUUUUGAAACUGUUAAUUUUGAAGAUAAUACAGAUACGAGCAACAUAAGGAAAAGUGAAAGUUUUGUCGCUCCUAUGAUAUCGGCGUUUCAACUCACUCCAGAAGAAGUGAUGGAACAAGUAUUGAUUAUUGAACAGCAAUUAGAUAAGUAUAACAGUAAAAAAUCGAAG